AGCAGAUGGUUCCUGGCACACUCGACAGCGGCUUUGUUAUGUCACCGACCAAAGAAAGGGAUAAAUCUCAGCUGACUAUGCUGGUGCACGUGAAAUCAUGGAUGAUUUAAUAUGCAGAAGAGAAAAUGUCCUCCUUUUCAUACCCAACUUAAUAGGGUAUGUGCGGGUUAUCCUUUUAUUUGCAUCGUGGAUCUUCUUCAACAAUCCAGUCCUCUUCCUGUGCUUUUACACAGCUUCAGUCUUGCUGGAUGGUCUAGAUGGAAUUGUUGCUCGGCAAUUGAAUCAAACAUCAGCAUUUGGAGCAUGGUUGGAUGUUGCUACAGACAAUCUCGGCAGAGGAAUGCUUUGGACCUUGCUUUAUAAGUGGGGAUACUUUAUCAGUGCAGUGGAGUGGAUGGUAUUUGUGUGUACACAUUCACUUGGAGCACAUUGGAAGAGUGCUCAAUCCAACCCACCUUCAUGGGUUCAACUUGUUAUGGCUAAAGGAUUUAAAACACCUGCAGGAGCAUUUGCAAUCUGUGGCCUUCAUGGGCUCCCUGUGUGGUUGUAUGGUACGAAUAAACACAUGUGGUCACCAUUCAUGUCACAUCACUUACAGUUGGGAGUCACUGGAAUUUUAGUGUCUGGUAGAGCCUUGUGCAUGGGAGUUGAGGUUUGGUUUAUUACAAGUCACAUUAAAGAUUUACUGGCAGAUCAUGAACAAAAAAGGCCCUUAUCAAAUACAGAACCCAUGAUGGAAGACACUGAUUAAAGAUGCAUGCUAUCUUGAAAUCUGUCAUGCCAGCUGGUGGCAUUUAAAGAUAGCUUUUUCAUCCUGAAAUUCUUAAAAAAUUCAGCGCUAAUAAAAACUGAGCAUUUUGUACCUUUCUUAUCACUGAAUUAUUCUAGGAAUUGUAAGUAUUUUUUCUGAUCAUAAAAGUUUCCACCUAGGGACAUUUUAACAUAUAUCAAAUACUGAAGAUGUAGCUAAAUGAAGCCCAAAUAACUAUGACUGAAAAAGAGGUGCAAACUUUGAAUAUGAAACCCAGAGCCUCACAUAACAAUGAUAAAAGUUCCUAGUUAUCAAUUGAAAUUAUUUUAUAUAUAUCAAUAGACUAUUAUUUGCCACAUGACUUCUUUCAUAUAUGGCUGAGAUCUUUUAAAAUUAUUUUAUUGAUUAAUUUGCAUGUCACUUCAUCUUCUUUCCCUCAUUAUCAUGUGGAAAUAAAUUACAUUAAACGUGUUCACAAGUCUAGGAAGGCUAAUAAAAAAACAAGUCAAAGAGUAACAACAAGCCUCUUCGGCUGUCAAUGUGAGAUGUCUCUACAGUGAAAAGAAAAACAUCCCAGAAAUCAAACUAUACUAUUAAAUAAGACAGAAAAAAUGUG